AUGCCAGCAGCUAUUGACACUAAUGUAUCAUUAAGCAUGUGGAAUCAUGUUGAAGAAUUUACUAAGUACAAACUUUUUACUAUUAGAUUGGCUAUUGUCGGAGGUGCAUCUUUAAUUGUUAACAAACCUUACUAAUUAAAUUUUGAUAUAGAUGCAUUUGAAACAUACAAAAUGCAAAUCCAAUAAUUGCAAUCCAAAUCACAAACAGAUUUUAUUUAAAUGGGCAAAAUUCUAUAAACAGAGGAUGUACACACUCUAGUCCUAUAUUUGCAUAGAUAGAUCAAUUAAUGAAGUUAGGAGCGUUUUGUUUCGAUUGUCAUUUAUUACCUUCCUAUACAGGGACAUAUUUUAAAGAUCUCCAGUAAUUGCAAUAAGUUUUAUAAUAUUUGCCCUCUUAAGCCUGUCUAUUUAUACAUACUUAAAAUACUGUUGACAAAGAUCUAGGGAUUACAUCACCUUUUAGAAGUAAACCCUUUGCUGAACGAUUAAAUAUUACUUAAUUAGAUUUAGUUGAUGCAGAUGGAGUAUCAGGAUCAUGUAUUAGUGAUGAUGAAAAAAUUCAAAAUGAUGAUCCCAAAUAUUUGUAAUAGAUAGAUUAUCUAAAUGAGAGUAAUUCUCCUAUUAAGGAAAUAGGUAUAUAAUCAAAAUCAAUAUAGUUAAAAAAUAUAAGAAUUCAGAUGAAAAAAGAAUUUCAGAAUUUGAAGAUUAAUAUGAUACUUCAUUAUCUCCUAAACUUUAAUCAAAUAUAUAUAAAAUUAAAUCUAAAUAGAUUACAGAGCAAUCAUAAAUAUCAUUAAUAAGUAGAGCUGAACUUAUAACAUAUAAAGAAGUUCCUAAGAUGGAAUAGAAUUAUAAAUUUCCUUAUGAUGAAACAGAUAGUAUAUAAUAAUAAUAAUAAUAAUAAAAUCCUUAAUUAAAAAUUGAAAUAAAACUUCCCAUAUAAGAUCAAGAAUCACCUUUAGGAUCGAAAAAAGAUUCAAAUUAAUAAGAUUCUAAUCAAAAACAUAGUCCACAAAUGUCCAUACAAUCUUCAGAUAUAUCUUCACCAGAAAGCCUCUCCUUAAAAUCAGAAUGCAGAUUAAGAUCAAGAGCUUAUACUGCUUAAGGACUUCUACAAAGAAGAUAAUCAAAAACUGGAUUUGCAUUAGUUUUGCACUAAGUUGAAGAUAAUUCAAAUGGUAAACAUGGAUCUGGAGAUAUGUUAAUACUAAAUUUUUCAGAAUCACGACCUCGUUAAAAUUAGAAUAAUAAUAAUAGAUUCAAUAGAGAUUACUUAUGUUUUUUAGCAUUUCGACCUGCUACUUGGGAAAAAUUUGCUAUUUAAAAAGUGAAAAAGAUAAUCAAACAAUAAUUUAAAUGUAAGAUUAUUCUUAAUGGUUUUUCUUCUUCUUUUUCUUUGGUGGAAAUAAAAGAACUUAUCAAUAAUUAAAUAUUUAGUGAUAUUGGAUAUCCUUAUCUAUUAUUNAUUAAGCAUGUGGAAUCAUGUUGAAGAAUUUACUAAGUACAAACUUUUUACUAUUAGAUUGGCUAUUGUCGGAGGUGCAUCUUUAAUUGUUAACAAACCUUACUAAUUAAAUUUUGAUAUAGAUGCAUUUGAAACAUACAAAAUGCAAAUCCAAUAAUUGCAAUCCAAAUCACAAACAGAUUUUAUUUAAAUGGGCAAAAUUCUAUAAACAGAGGAUGUACACACUCUAGUCCUAUAUUUGCAUAGAUAGAUCAAUUAAUGAAGUUAGGAGCGUUUUGUUUCGAUUGUCAUUUAUUACCUUCCUAUACAGGGACAUAUUUUAAAGAUCUCCAGUAAUUGCAAUAAGUUUUAUAAUAUUUGCCCUCUUAAGCCUGUCUAUUUAUACAUACUUAAAAUACUGUUGACAAAGAUCUAGGGAUUACAUCACCUUUUAGAAGUAAACCCUUUGCUGAACGAUUAAAUAUUACUUAAUUAGAUUUAGUUGAUGCAGAUGGAGUAUCAGGAUCAUGUAUUAGUGAUGAUGAAAAAAUUCAAAAUGAUGAUCCCAAAUAUUUGUAAUAGAUAGAUUAUCUAAAUGAGAGUAAUUCUCCUAUUAAGGAAAUAGGUAUAUAAUCAAAAUCAAUAUAGUUAAAAAAUAUAAGAAUUCAGAUGAAAAAAGAAUUUCAGAAUUUGAAGAUUAAUAUGAUACUUCAUUAUCUCCUAAACUUUAAUCAAAUAUAUAUAAAAUUAAAUCUAAAUAGAUUACAGAGCAAUCAUAAAUAUCAUUAAUAAGUAGAGCUGAACUUAUAACAUAUAAAGAAGUUCCUAAGAUGGAAUAGAAUUAUAAAUUUCCUUAUGAUGAAACAGAUAGUAUAUAAUAAUAAUAAUAAUAAUAAAAUCCUUAAUUAAAAAUUGAAAUAAAACUUCCCAUAUAAGAUCAAGAAUCACCUUUAGGAUCGAAAAAAGAUUCAAAUUAAUAAGAUUCUAAUCAAAAACAUAGUCCACAAAUGUCCAUACAAUCUUCAGAUAUAUCUUCACCAGAAAGCCUCUCCUUAAAAUCAGAAUGCAGAUUAAGAUCAAGAGCUUAUACUGCUUAAGGACUUCUACAAAGAAGAUAAUCAAAAACUGGAUUUGCAUUAGUUUUGCACUAAGUUGAAGAUAAUUCAAAUGGUAAACAUGGAUCUGGAGAUAUGUUAAUACUAAAUUUUUCAGAAUCACGACCUCGUUAAAAUUAGAAUAAUAAUAAUAGAUUCAAUAGAGAUUACUUAUGUUUUUUAGCAUUUCGACCUGCUACUUGGGAAAAAUUUGCUAUUUAAAAAGUGAAAAAGAUAAUCAAACAAUAAUUUAAAUGUAAGAUUAUUCUUAAUGGUUUUUCUUCUUCUUUUUCUUUGGUGGAAAUAAAAGAACUUAUCAAUAAUUAAAUAUUUAGUGAUAUUGGAUAUCCUUAUCUAUUAUUAGAUAGUGAUGACAUAAGUGAUGGAAUUACUAAAUUUAAAUCUGAUCCUCCAAUUCGAUAAAAAUAUAAUAAAUAAUUAUUAUAAAAAGGAAUAUAAUAAAAUAAUUGGAUAAGUAGUAUAUCAAGUUCACAUCUUUAUGUGAAUGGUUUAUAUAAAUUUGAAGAAUAAGGAGAUUUUCGAAAAGCAGUUAGCGGAUUGUGUAGUAUAGGAUGCACAUUCUAAGCAUUAUGGACUUUAUUAUUUUGUAAAAAGAAUCAAGAUCCAUAUAAAAUAAAAAAAGCAUUCUACAAUAAAGAAAUAAAUAAUCCUAGAUAUAAAAGAAUGUUAUUAAAACUUAUUUAAUUAUAAUAACUUGUAUCUUCAGGACCAGCACAAUAUUUAAAUCUCAAAGACAGAGGAAGUAUAGAAGAAGGAAAAAUAGCUGAUUUAGUUGUAUUUGAUCCAUUUAAAACAUGGAAAUUGAAUUUUGAAAAAAUAAAUCACAUUUUUACUUUUUCUAUUGAUAAACACAUAUUUAAAAAUAGAUUAUUUUUAGGUUCAGUUGACUCAGUAUUUAUUAGAGGUAUUUAAAAUAUUGUUAUUUUAGGUGAAAUAAUAUUAAAUUAAGAAAAUUAAAUAAUUACAAUUUAAAAUAGAAAAGGGAUUUAAAUAUUGAAAUGA